CAGCUCCAGGCAAAGAUGAUGUUUUUUAAUUUUAUCAGUAAAUAUCCACCUAUUUGGUUUGCAUUUACUGUGUAUAUAUUUGUUUCUAUUAUUAAUGAUAAACAGAGUUGUCAACAGAUAAAUGAAAACGCUGCAGGUGGAGUAAUAGCUUACAUUAGCUCCGCCAGCUCGGCCUCCAGUCCCGAGUCGUGCCACAGUGACUCCUCCAACAGCAGCUAUCAGUCCUGCUCUCCGCCCCACGCGGGGCAGGGCCAACAGGGCGAGGCUCUCGCGGGGACCCCUCAGUCCCGCGGAGGGAAGGCAAGAUCGGCCUCCACCACCAAAAGUGGCAUUACAACGUUCCUUGUUCAUCUGACCCUUUUUGUGGUGUGUGGAGAUGUGGCGUCAGGAUUUCACUACGGUGUUCACGCCUGUGAGGGAUGUAAGGGUUUCUUCAGGAGGAGCAUUCAGCAGAACAUUCAGUAUAAGAAGUGCCUUAAGAACGAAAGCUGUCCCAUCAUGCGCAUCAACAGGAACCGAUGCCAGCAGUGCCGCUUUAAGAAGUGUCUGCUCGUGGGCAUGUCCCGAGACGCUGUGCGUUUCGGCCGGAUUCCCAAACGAGAGAAGCAGCGCAUGCUCCUCGAGAUGCAGAACGCCAUGAACAACAUGAUGAACAACAGCCACGGCAGCCAGCCUCUGAGUGACCAGACAUCAGCCACCGAUGCAGCUUCAGAGCACAGCGGCUCCGGCCCUUCCUCCCGCUCCCCCUCCACCUCCCCCCGGAGCCACCUGUCCGAAUCCAGCCCUGACCCCGAGCUGCUGAGCGCCAUGGAUACAAGCCAGAGCUCAGACUCCUCCAGCGCCACUGACAGCGGGGAGGAGGAGGUCAUCGGCACGGUGACUAGAGCGCACCAGGAGACCUUCAUGUACAAUCAGGAGCAGGCCAGCGUGCCUUCAGAGGCCCCCAACAACUACAGCCAUUGUUCAGAGAAGACUCAGGACGUCUGGAACCAACAGAACAAUGCAUCCUCAGAGAGCGAACAGAAGCCUCCAUCAGACGGUGCUCCGCAGGGGCCUGAAGACUCGGGCUGUCCUGUCAGACUGCCCAGCAGCAGCUCCGCUGGACCGUCUCUGCAGAACCUCUCUCUGAGAGCUCAUAAUGACAGCGAGACCCAAGUCAAUGGCAGCUGUAGUGUCCCAACAUUUGCAAGGGUUAACAGGAUGCACCUGGUUUGCCCCAUGAACACAUCGCCCUAUGUGGAUCCUCAGAAGUCGGGUCACAGUAUUUGGGAGGAGUUCUCCAUGAGCUUCACCCCAGCCGUCAGAGAGGUGGUAGAAUUUGCAAAGCGCAUCCCAGGAUUCAAAGACCUGUCCCAGCAUGACCAGGUCAGCCUGCUGAAGGCCGGCACCUUUGAGGUGCUGGUGGUGCGCUUUACAUCCCUGUUCAAUGUGAAGGAGCGCACGGUUACAUUUCUGAGCGGCAGGAAGUAUAGUGUGGAGGCGCUGCGCUCGAUGGGUGCUGGAGAUCUCCUCAACUCAAUGUUUGACUUCACCGAGAAGCUGCAAGCUCUGAACCUCAGCGAGGAAGAGAUGAGCCUCUUCACAGCCGUAGUGCUGGUGUCUGCAGAUCGCUCUGGUCUCGAGAACGUCAACUCGGUUGAGGCCCUUCAGGAAACUCUGAUUCGAGCGCUGCGCAGCUUGAUCACCAAGAACCACCCCAACGAGAUCGCCAUCUUCACUAAACUGCUGCUCAAACUGCCGGACCUGCGCUCGCUCAACAACAUGCACUCUGAGCAGCUCUUGGCCUUCAAGGUCCACCCCUGAGCACCCAUCAACCCUCAUAACUGUGGACCCCCCCCCCACCUCCACCUCCAGAGCCUCCAGAGCCUCCAGGCCCGUUCCUGCGGGCCAGUUAUUCAAUGGGCAUCUUGUUCUUACUCAGUGCCCCUUUCCUGACACUUCUCUCCAUGACAUUCAAAGGACUGCUGGUUAAACAUGGAGGUGGGGGGGGGGGUCAUCGUCGUACUGUAAAACGCCUCUGCUCGUGCUAACGCACACGACUCGCUGACACAAACUGGAGGGGUUUCGUUGUAGAUGCUUACGAGAGUUUGUACGAUUACGGGGUUUGUGUGUGCGCAGAGGCACCUUGAAUUAGUUUCUAGAUUUAUAAAUCUGCCUGUGCAAUAAGUGACACGUUCACUGUUUUUGGAUUGUUCCUUGUUGGUCUCUUAAUACUUCCAGAGAAGAGGAAGUAAGGUAUCUUGUGGCCACAUAAUGCUGUGUGUUGUUUAGGGGAGAUUAUGAAGGGAUUUUCCUACACGUAAACCUAAAGCAAAGGAGAAACGAAGUACAUAGAGCACAGUUUGGCUUCCUUUCUAAGAAAAAACAAAAAAGCACCAACUAAGAAAUGGAAGAAUGUGGAACAAGCUGCUAAUCAGAGCUUUCUGGCAGAAAGACACAGGAAUGUUUAAUGACUUGAUCUAUUUUUGUAGUUCGUUUUCGGUCUUCAAAUCUGUAGUUAAGUGCAGAGGAAGCCGCUCUUAAGGCCUCAAAUAUUAUGUAAGUAUGUGAACACAAAAGCCUCUUGCUACACAAGCUCACUUUUGUGGAUGGUUGCGUUCCAGAAUCCGUUAGCAAGUGGCAUGCAGACAAACUGUCCUUUACAGUCAGUUUUCUCUUCCAGGUCAGCCACUGCCAUGAUGGAGCAAGAGUUUGAAGAGAAUCUUGCUGAGCAAGUCGAAGUUAGUUCAGCUGCUGACACAUUUAUAUCUAGCUACCUGACUAAUGAUGCAUUUGGCACAGACAUUUGAAGUUGACCGUUGCCUGCUUGAGUGUUUGAUAGCGCCAAUACUCGGUCAGACUGCAGGCUUGGCCAAACAUUUGUGUUCUUGCAUAGAGUAUGCUUCUGGUUUUAGAUCUGCAUAAUGGUGCGUCUGUGUAUAUGUCCUGAUUCGUAGGGCUUUUAGUGAUGUGUGAUGAUGCUAAAUGACAAAAGGAGGAGUAGAUCAUACGUGUUUUUUCACUGUAAGAGAUGUGCAUGCUCCUCCCAGGUACUGAUGGGACACAAAGCCAUCCAAAGUGACGUCAUACUGUCUGUAUAAACUGACACCUGCCGAUGCAUCUGUAUGGGUGAUCUUUUCAGGCUGAAUAUUUAUGAUUUUUUGACUGAUGGUUUAGGGAGGAAACACUCCCCAUCAAAUAAUUGUAAUUCUGUUCAUUUCUCUAUUUUUGAAUGUUUUCUUUUUCUGUUCAGUGGAAGUUCUUGUAGAGUUAUUGUGUCUGUGCGAUCAGCUGCAGUAAACAAAUAGUGCUUAUACUCCAGCAGCGUUGGACCAGACAGGAAGAGGAAACAGGAAAUUGCCCAAAACUUACCACCAAGUAACACCGGCAAUGCCUCUCAUCACCCUGCCAGCUCUGGGCAUCUGAACUCUUCUGGGGUCGCUUUUGAUAUCAAAGCUGCUGUAGAUGGAUAGUCUAGAAAAGAAGUCUCUUUGUUUGGUGUUGGUGUUCCUGUCUGAUUGUUCAGUGUCAUUGUUGUGUUGCCAUAAUCCAGUCUGUCAGUUUCCUUCUGUGAAAGCAUUGUAAGAUAGCUAGAUUUAUAUAUAUAUAUAUAUAUGUAUAAAUAUAUAUUAUUCAAUACAUAUAAAAUAAGAAAAUAAACAGAUAAAUGCUGAACUCA